UUAGUUUCGGUUAGGUUUAGUUUCGUUUAAGUUUAGGUUAGGUUUAGUUUAGGUUUGGUUAGGUUAGGCAGAGACUGAAUAACAUCAGAUAUAAGAAGAAGGAACCUCCGUAACCCGUUUCUCUGAUCAGAAACUGAACCAGAUGUUUUUAUUUAAAGGUUCUAGUUCUAGCAGCUGACGUUGGUCUAAAAGCUUUAUGAAGGUUUUUAAUCUCCACAGGUUUAGUUCUUCUGUCUCUGAAGCUCUGUGCGUUAAAAAUAGAACUCAAUAAAGCAGAGUGGGAUGAAGAGAUUAAAUAGAUUUAAAUUUCUCUGGUGGAUCAGGUCUUCAGAGGACACUGACAGUCAGACUAAAGUCUCUCUGGUUGAUCAGGUCUUCAGAGGACACUGACAGUCAGACUAAAGUCUCUCUGGUGGAUCAGGUCUUCAGAGGAUGUUGACAGUCAGACUAAAGUCUCUCUGGUGGAUCAGGUCUACAGAGGACCCUGACGGUCAGACUAAAGUCUCUGGUGGAUCAAGUCUUCAGAGGACACUGACGGUCAGACUAAAGUCUCUCUAGUGGAUCAGGUCUACAGAGGACCCUGACAGUCAGACUAAAGUCUCUCUGAUGGAUCAGGUCUACAGAGGACGUUGACAGUCAGACUAAAGUCUCUGGUGGAUCAGGUCUACAGAGGACGUUGACAGUCAGACUAAAGUCUCUGGUGGAUCAGGUCUACAGAGGACACUGACAGUCAGACUAAAGUCUCUGGUGGAUCAGGUCUACAGAGGACACUGACAGUCAGACUAAAGUCUCUCUGGUUAAUCAUCAUCUGAUUGUUUGUUCAGGUUAAAGUCUCGUUUAAGUUAAACUUUGUGUCCUUGGUCCAGAGCUUUCAGAACAACAGUCGACAUGGUGUCCAGCCGGGUCCUGGUCUUGGUGGUGGUGGUCUCUGCUGUGGUCGGGGCUCAGAACCUGGGCUUCGUUCAGAACCCUGAGAAAGGCCCAGAAGAAGAAGACGUGAGAGUCCUGGUCCAGCAGCUGAUUGCCAGAGUGGACAAACUGGAGAGAGAGCGUGAAGAAGAGAGAGCUAAAUCUCAGGUGGCGUUCUCGGCGUCCCUCGUCAACACUGAGCUGUGGACCCAUCAGGGCCCGUUUGACAGCGACACCACUCUGCUGUUCAAGACAGUGACGACGAACAUUGGCAACGCCUACGACCCUGAAACAGGUGUCUUCACUGCCCCCGUCAAGGGACUCUACUACAUCCGGUUCACCGGCUGCGUUGGAAACUCUGGGUCCCUGAACGCGGCACUGCUGAAGAACGGGUCCAACAUGUUUGCCAUCUUUGACACCAGGGGGGUCCACGGCAGCGCCUCCAACGGCAUGGCCCUGGUCCUGGAUGCCGAGGACCGGCUCUCCGUCACCCUCUGGAACAUGCAGAGCAUCUUCGACCAGACGAAGCUCAGCACCUUCAGCGGCUUCCUGGUCUUCCCCAUGUAGGAGUCCUGAACCCAGAUCCAGAUCUACUGCUGAUACCCUCAGAAUGUGGUCUAUAAAGUAGUCUCUGAGUUGUUCGUUUGACUCUCUCAGCAAUAAAAUAGUCAGUCUGUU